AUGAUUCAUUAUGAGCCAAUUUCCGGUUCAUAUAAAUCAGCAAUGAUUUAUUAUGAACCAAAUCCCGGUUCAUGUGAAUCAGCAAUGAUUCAUCAUGAGCCAAUUUCCGCAAUGAUUCAUCAUGAGCCAAUUUCCGGUUCAUGUGAAUCAGCAAUGAUUCAUCAUGAACCAAAUUCCGGUUCAUAUGAAUUAGCAAUAAUUCAUUAUGAACCAAAUUCCGGUUCAAGAAAACUAAAAUGGUUUUCUUGA